UUUUAUGUUAUUCAUUAGUUAAUUGAAGUGAUAGUUUUGAUAAGGUGAACUAAAAUGGAAGGGAAUAAGGACUCUGCUGAACUGUGCAUCGGUAUCGCUGAGAGAUAUAUUAGAGAAGGGAAAAGAGACGAAGCAGAAAAAUAUUUAUUAAAAAGUGAGAGAUUAUAUCCCACUCAAAAAGCAAAAGAUCUGUUAGAAAGUUUACAAAAGCUUAAGAGUGCUUCUAAUCCUGGAAGAAAAGAAACCUCAUCUGCGAAAGAAAAAUCUGCAAAUACAGGUGUGAAAAAGGAAACUACAAUGCCUGAAGUGGAAUAUUCUAAAGAACAAUUGGAGGCUGUUAAGAGGGUUAAAAGUUGCAAGGACUAUUAUGAAAUUCUUGGCAUAACUAAAGAAGCGACUGACUCCGAUAUCAAGAAGGCUUAUAAAAAGUUAGCUUUGGUCUUACAUCCUGACAAGAAUAGGGCUCCUGGAGCAGCUGAAGCUUUUAAAGCUAUUGGAAAUGCUGUAGCUGUUUUGACUAAUGUGGAAAAACGGAAGCAAUAUGACUUGUUCGGUACAGAUGAUGAACGAAUUAGACAUAAUUCAUCUCAUGGAGAUUCGUACACAAGAGGAUUUGAAGCUGAUGUCUCUCCUGAAGAAUUAUUCAACAUGUUUUUUGGAACUUCCUUUCCGACAGCAGGCAACGUCUAUGUGCGCAGGGGAACCAGAUGGCCUCGCCGUGGCCCAGAGGAACAUACGCAGCAGCAGCAUAGGGAUACAAAUAAUUACAGUAUAUUGAUGCAAAUGCUACCGUUGUUGAUCCUAGUGGCGCUAUCUAUGAUGAGCUCUCUCCUGGUGUCCGAUCCUGUCUACAGUCUCACCCAGAACAGCAAGUUUCCUGUAAUGAAAACAACCAUGUCAUUGAAAGUACCUUAUUACGUUAAGGAAAAUUUCGCAUCCACAUAUCAGGGCAGUAUACGUAGGCUAGAAGCUUCGGUGGAAGAGGAAUUUAUAGCCAAUCUGAGAAAUGCUUGCUUUAGGGAAAAGCAAUAUCGAGAAUCUCUUUUGUGGAGAGCUAGAAGUUACGGAGACGAGCAGCUAUUUACGAAGGCACAGGGAAUGAGGACGCCUUCUUGUGAAACACUCAAUGCUUAUAGAGUCACCUAUUAAGAAUCUUAUCACCAUUUUGGAGGAUUCGGACAUUUCUCUGCACCCAGUAUUUUAGCGCGUUGGUCUUUAAACCUUCCACUACUCUCAUUUCACGAUAUGACCUCUCGCCCUGUAAUACUUUAUACUGUCUAUGGUUAUUAACAUUUUUAAUAUUAGUUUUGUGGACUUGAUAUAAUUUCUUAUACAUAUUUCUCAAUAAAAAAAAAAA